GCUCUAGUUACUUGUAUCCUGUUAGCUGUCGGAUGGUACAUCUCGAAACAGUCGAUGGAGAAUUGACGGCAAAGAUAUCACGAUACUUCGCACGUAGCUGAGUAUGAAGAGGCUCGAGCCAACAUGGGAAAGGAGUUUGGAAAUUUAGCGAAAAUCAAUGGCAUUGCCUACUUCCGGCUCAGUCCAUACGAGCAGAAAGCCUUCAAGGGUAUGAUCACUGAAAGUAUACCAAAUCUGAUACGCCGUUUCCAGGGUAGCGUAUUUCGUGUCGCUCCUUUCUUCAUGUUCUCCUACUUGCUGAUAAACUGGUCGAAAGAACAAAAUGAAGCAAUUUCCCGGAAGAACCCCAAGGAUUAUGAAAAUGACGUAUAAAAUAUAGGUGAAUAAAUCUCUAGUUUGGCACUUAGUUUAUCAAUAAAUUAAUCUUACUUUCUUUUAUGCGAAAGUAAAAAUAAUAUAACUGAUAAACAUGA